AAAUGAGAGGUUUUAGCAGGCAACAGGAAAACCGCUAUGAGAACACAUUCCAGUCAGAGCAGAGUCUGUGCGGGACAAUAAGGGGUGGGACACAACUGUACACUAUUUAAAAAAAAAAAAAAAAUCGGUUAUCUCGACUUUAGAUCAGGAACACGGAGGACAACAAGAGAAGUUUCUUACUCCCCGGGACUUGGAGGAGGAGGGGAGCCGACACUCGUCCCUUGACCCACGACGAUGCUCCGUGUCGCGGGUUUAUCAGCGCCGAUUUGCCGGAGAUGAGAUGAGAUAGGAGGCGGACAGCUCGUCCCCGCUGCCCCCGGACCCAGCUGCCCGGUUCCUCUUCACUUCCUCCACACUUUCAUUGUCACUGCUCGCAUUGUGUUGAACCAGGAAGCUCCGAGUUAGUGGAGAAACGAGAGGAAAAGAAGCGGACGACGCUUUUUUUUUUUAUUGUAAUUUCGGCGGGUUGGUCGUCACCGAGGCUGAAGAAAGGAUGUGAGCUCUGUGCGGAUGAAACAUCUGCAGCUGGUUAGAACAUUCUGGGAAACUCUACGGAAAUGGAUCCAGUGGUGUUUUAAACUGGUUUCAUUAGGAAGGAGGGACACUGUGAUAUGGAAGAUCUGCGGAGUUUGCAUGCGUUGAGUUAAAGGCGAGCAGAAAACAGAGAUGGGAAGCUCUGCUCUACUCACAGUGGUGUUAGUUGGAGCGUUUCUGUGGAUCUCUACCACGCAUGCAGGCACCGUUGACGACAGGAAGCUGCUGUGUACGUGCGAGAACGAAAAAGGCACAUGCGUGAACGAAACCUGCAGAGGAGACCUCUGUUUCUACACCUGGGUGCGGGGCUACGAGGAGAGAGGCUGUUUCUCCGCAGUGAACUACAGGGAGCAGUGCUUCAGCUCCUUCCAGGGGUUCUAUGUCUUCUGCUGCAAAGAUAACCACUGCAACGCCUUUACCACACCACCUCCAAAUAUUAAUGGAGAAACAACAACAACAACGCCCCCGGAAUUCGCUCGCCCAGAGCUGUGGAUCACUGUGUCCGUGCUGCUGUUAAUCGUGGCUGCCGGCGUGUGCGGCCUGGUGCUGUUCCUGCGCUUCCAGCAUGCUCGCUGCAGACUGAGAAAUGCUAAAGACCAGGACGUCACCAUGCUCAAGGUCCCUAAUGGAGACGACCCCACAUAUGGCGAUAUAUUUGAUGAGUUCUGUACAUCAGGCAGUGGGACGGGGCUGCCUUAUCUGGUCCAAAGGACCAUGGCCAGACAAAUCUCACUUGCCGAGUGUGUCGGUAAAGGCAGGUAUGGGGAGGUGUGGAGGGGAACCUGGAUGGGGGAGAGUGUGGCUGUAAAGAUCUUCUCCUCCAGAGACGAGCAGUCCUGGUUCAGAGAGACAGAGAUUUACAACACUGUGCAGCUGCGACACGACAACAUCCUGGGUUUCAUAGCCUCUGACAUGACAUCCAAAAAUUCCAGCACCCAGCUGUGGCUCGUCACUCACUUUCAUGAGCUGGGUUCACUCUACGACUUCCUGCAGUACAGCAGCUUGGAGCCAGAGAGCUGCCUGAGGAUGUGCCUGUCUGUGGCCUGUGGCCUGGUCCACCUCCACACGGAGAUCGUCAGCUCCCAGGAAAAGCCAGCUAUCGCCCACCGAGACCUGAAGAGCAGAAACAUCCUGGUGAAGCGGAACGGCCAGUGCUGCAUUGCUGAUCUCGGUUUGGCUGUGAUACACUCUCAGUCCCAUGACUACCUCGAUGUGGGCAACAACCCUCGUGUUGGGACCAAGCGCUACAUGGCCCCUGAGGUGCUGGACGAGACUAUUCGAAUGGACGUCUUUGAAUCUUACAAGCAAACUGACAUCUGGGCCCUGGGCCUGGUCUUCUGGGAAAUUUCCCGCCGGACCAAUGUCAAUGGAAUCGUCGAAGAGUAUCGUCCUCCCUUCUAUGACCUGGUGCCUACAGAUCCCAGCUUUGAGGAGAUGAAGAAGGUGGUGUGUGUGGACCAGCAGAGGCCCAGUCUGCACAACAGGCUCCAUUCCGACCCAAUUCUCACAGCCAUUGUGAAGAUCAUGAAGGAGUGUUGGUACCAGAGCCCUCCAGCUCGCCUCACAGCGCUGCGCGUGAGGAAGACGCUCUCCAAACUGGACCAUGACAGUGACUUCAGCAUAAAAAAACUCAAGCAGGACAUCUAGACGAGAGAACCGGAAAGAAGGAGGGACAAAGGAUUUGAAAUGCCAGAAGGGAUUUUGCAUCACAUUCGGAGCAGCACGGGGUGCAUAUCAUUAACAUAUUUUGAGCUAAUGACUCACACAGUCGGUGAACUACAUUAAAGCCACAUGACUUUGAGCAGUAGCGUCUAGACUGUCUCACACCGGAGGCUAUGUUCUUUUUGCGUAGCCUAAUUUUCUACUGCCAGAUUUCUGGUGCUUCAAACCAAGAGGGCCCUUUAAGGGGGAAGACCAAAUACAUUUUCAUUGUUUUUUUUCUUUUUCUUAUGUUCAGCUUAUAAAUAUCAGGAUCAGAAACUUCCAUAGCAUAAUAAUUGUACCCAAAGAAUUUUUGUUAUACUUACAGGAAUUCUCACUAUUGUCGAAAUUCCCCAUCGUUAUGACAGAAUGGAAAAUCUUCGUUAGCACAAUUACUCAUUCUCUUAUAAAGAGGAGUAGCACUGGUUUACCCUAAAAAAAUGUUCCCAUCAUGACCAAAGCCAAAGAAAACCACAGGAUGAAGCCAUCAGCUAACAAUGCUAAUACCAAACACAUGACCUGUUCUGUGAGUAUAUUUAACUUAAUAUAAAAUAAGCAUUUGUUAUCUGCACAUAGACACAUCGAGCUAUAUAGUUGUACAUAUUAGCAGCAUUGAAACUGUUGCCUUGUAUCUCAUAUGGGUUUAUUGUAAAUAUAAUUCUAAAGGGAUAUUAUUGUCAUCCAAUACUCAACAAUGAAACACAUUUUAUAUUCUUUUGUACAACACCGUUUUUCAAAUUAUUUUUUUACAUUCCUGUAGCUUUACAUGUACCAUCACUUUCACUAUGGUAAAGGAAUUCACAUGUAAUACUGUAUAUGUUAAAUAAAGGAUUGUAUUUUUAAA